CGGAGAGAGACAUCUCCGCAUCUGAGAAGAACACACGUCAUGACAGGCCAAAGUGGAAGAGAAGUUUUCACCGUAGUGAAGUUAAUGGAAUGGAAGAAUAAAACCAGCAUGCCAACAUAAAGUGGAUCCGGAUCGAAUGAAAAUAACGAUCGGGGAAACGAGAUGGCACAAGAAGAACCGCUGUAUGAUUUCCCGGAGCCUGCUCAACAUUCUGAGCACAAGUUAUUGGCCCUUCAAAGAGGAAGGGCCUCUCUGAAAAGCAUCAGUGUUCUGGACCGGCUCCUUCUCACAGUUCCUGUGUGGUUUCAGCUGUCCAUCAACCCUGCUACCGCUCUGCACAUACUGCAGAGGGAGCCCCCUGGGACCUUCCUGGUGCGCAAGUCUCGAACUUCCCAAAGAAACGUGCUGUGCAUCCGCCUGACGGAUGAUAGUGUGCCAUCCUUCGUCCAGCAGUUUGGCAUCAGGCAGCAAGACUCCAGUAAUACUCUGUCUCUGGAGACUUCAGGCAUCAGCUUUCCAGAUCUCCCAAGACUCGUUUCCUUCUACUGUGCCAGCAGAGAUGUAUUACGCUUUCCUCUGGAGCUUCCAGAAGCAAUUGCAAAAGCAUCAUCCCACAAAGAGCUGGAGUCCAUCUCCCAUAUGGGAAUAGAAUUCUGGAACUCCCACCUAAAUGUCAGAGGGCCACGGGAGGCCCCUAAGCCCCAGAAGAAGGUGAAAGAGGACCCUGGGACCCCUGUCCCUCCUGCUGCGGCCCCUCAGACAGCCUCUGCAGCUCAGCCUGAUGCAGCUCUCCAGCCCGACUCAGACAAGACCAGCACUAAACCAGACAGCGCCAGCAAACAAUCAGUAUCCAAUCCCACGCUGUUCCAUGAGUUCUGUCCAAUCACGACUCGCAGCCCCGUAGAGCUGGACUACGGCUCUGGCCAGGGCGCUCUCUGUUUCGUCAACCCCCUUUUCCUGCAGUCCCAGAAUGCUUUGUGUAGACGGCGCAUGUUCAAACGCAGCCUCAAUAUUCGAAUUUCCACAGAGUCGUCGACCCUGCUGUCACCCCCGCUUGCCCGUCCACCUCCACCACCUCUAAUGCCCAAAACCAAACGAAAAUGUAAAGCCCAGAAACACACACAAGGUAUGGCAGAUCCCAAUGGAUCACUUUUACAAGAUAAACCGAGUCAGGACGCCCCUCAGCAGGGCCAAACACAGGUGGAACCAGACCAAAGUGAAGAUGGAGUCACAGCUCAGCUACCAUCGGUGAUAGAGGAUCUUCCAGAAGACUCAGACUACAUGCAGCCGUCUCCAAUGAUCAAUUUCUCUCAUUCUCCAUCACUAUCACCCUACCUCUCCCCAUCCAAUCCAAUGGUGCCUCCACUUCCCCUCAAAGCAUCUUCGUCCUUCUCGCUUCAUGAAUAUCCCGGCGCUUCUCCCUCCCUCUCACCUUAUCAAUCCCCAUCUCUUUCUCCCAAGGCUCCCUUCUCAAUCUCUCCCUAUGACUCACCCAGCGCUUCACCCUCUCUUUCACCUUACCAGUCCCCAUCUCUUUCCCCUAAAGUCUCUCCCUCAAACUCCUUCCCUCAGCUGGCGGAGGAGGCCUAUCAUAUACCUGCUACUAUUUUAAGACUUCAUCAGCAAAAACUAGAGAGAAAAGCAGAGGAGGGGGAGGCAGGUGAAAAUGAAAAUAUGGAUGAAGAUGAGACAAAUCAGGAACAGCACAAAAAGAUGGAGGACGAGGGAAAGGAUCUGGUUUUACAGAUGAAAGCUGCUUCUCUAAAUGACACAGACAGCUGCAGUUACUCCACCAGUCUCGAGGGGGCAGCAGAGACUCCACCUCACUUACCCCCCAAACAGGAAAAUGGAACAAGCCUCUAGCAAACAAAUAUUUUAGACUUUUAACGAUUAUAUAACGUAAGCACCGCGUAAAAUUAAAUGUUUUUGAGUGAAUAAGACUUGAUGACCCCUGUAGUUAUACAUGUUUUAACUGGAAGUUAUGUAUACAUAAUUGUGCUCUAACAUUUUCUAAAGCAUACCAAUUUGUUUGACUGAUUUCCUACUCCAAAGGAAGCCAUUUAUUUCCCGAUAUCACUAUUUUCUGGAGAGAUUUCAGACAUGACACUUCAUUCCAGACCUUCUUGUGUUAGCUAAUCCAUAAACGUUAAAUUCAUUUGAUCUGUUUGCUAUCAACGUUUUUUUUUUUUUUUUUUUUAAAGGACGUGGUUAGACUUUCAUAAAAAUUAAAUCAGCUCUGAUGGUUCUGAUUAAACAAAUACAGCAAACCAUCAUACCUAACACAUUUUAUUUGUGCAGAUUCAACACGACAUUUCCACAUUUUUUAGGCCUUCCAAACACAGCAAUAUUUUAUACACUCAAGUAAUCCACAAUGACCAACCGGGUACCAUUUAAAAAAAAUGAUUUUGCAGUCAAGUCAACAUUGAUCUGUAAUUUAACUGUGAAUACCUUUGAAAUUGUCAACAGCAAGGCUAGACAAAAAAAACUAUUCAACCCAAUUUUAACCUUGCCAUUUAGAAAGUGCAACCUACCUCCAGCCACUUGCAUAAACGUCUAUUCCCAGGAACAUGUUUAUUGUCAGGCAGCAUUGGUUUAAUAGACAGCUCACAAUACUUCUGAUUAGAAAAAUGUGUCCUAAAUGCAUCAAAAAGAGUGAUGGUGUUGUAUCAGCUCUUAUGUGUAUUUGAUCGUAUAUAUAUAUUCAAAGAAAGCACCUGACAUUGGGUCUGAGUCGUGGCUAGAAACUGUGGAUGUUGUCUUUGGCAGAUAUGUUCUUGUCCUAUGGCUUUAGUUUAUAUUAUGAAGCUUUAAUUUGUUCUCUUCAGAAGCGUCUUCCAAUUAGCUUGACAUCCAUUAGGAUUCAAAUUGCGUUUACAUACAAUACAAAAAAAAACGGAUUACAGUUGGUAUUAUUGAAGCUCUAGAAGCAGACCAUCCAUCAACACCAGCAGGGGAAGUCUUUUUUGCACAGGUCCAGAAGGUCGGCCUCCAGCUUCUCGGCGUCGUCUUGGAAACGCUCAGUGAAGGAGCAGAUCAAACCUGCCGCGCUGCCUUCGUACUCCUUCAGCUCUACGCUGUCCCCUGGAAACCACACAGUCAAACACCAUCUAAAUACACAACUCUUUCAAGGGUCUAAAAUUGCUUUGCUGCAUUUGCAAUUCCACAACAUUUUGAACAGAAUAUAUAUGUAUUUUUAAUGCAAUUUUCAAUGUCUUUCGAACGUUGUUGAUCGUGUUAAUUGGUUACCACGGCUUGUCAUCUAGUAUUAAUGAAUUGAUAUAAUCUCUACUUAUUGAUCACACAUCACUGUAACUGCUCUGUCAUGUUAUUGAUUGUAUGUCUGUCCAUCAUGGCUUCCUUAUUUAUGUCGUCUGUUUACAUGUCACCUUUUUUGUCACUGUAUAUCACCAAUAAAAAAACAAAACAUGAAUGAA